UGCUACAAGCUGGGCGGCUUCACCCUAACAGCCACAGUCUUAUACCUCUCCAUCAACCUUCAUACUCGGAAUCGAGUCCACCAAGCCGCUCUCCUACAUCAACAAUCCCUUCUGCUUGACAACGUUGUUGCACCACAGCCGCCACUUCCGCCGCCCACAAACAGACAGGUACAAGCAGGAUUGCUUGAGACUGCCAAGGAUAAAUGGAAUGCUGAGCUCGAGAGGAACGUGAAAACAUUGCAGCAAUACGACUGGACUGCAGCAUUCGAGAGGGUAGAGGAGAGCGCGGGGAACUUGAUCAGAAGAGCAUUUGACAAGGGCAAGGAGGGCGUGAAGGAGCAUGGAAUCUAG